AUGCCCAUUCCAACGCGUUCGGCUUCGCUGCGCGACCCCCGUAAACAACCUUCCAAUAUAGCACGACCUACCACGAAACCUUCAACGCCAUUACCUGCCACGACCAGCCCGAACAAAGACUCUGCCCGAGAGACGAAUAAUACGACCUGCCCGCCUUCAAAUCCCUCGCCGGUCGAGGGUGUGCCUCUGCAAGACAAUGGACUCGCUACACGAGGAAGAACCUUACUUCCACAGCGUAGUACUUCUGGUCAAAGCAAUGGUCGUGGAAUAGGACAUGGGCGCAUUCAGCCACCUAGCAGCAAUCCGACACCAUGCGGGAACCCGUCACCAACUAGACAACGAGAAAUAUCGCCAGCCAAAAAGCAAACACCGGCAAACUCUACAGCAAUGAAGGCCGGGGUAGCACUCAGCCGUCGUCAAAGCAUCAUGCGACCUGGUGCGUUGAAGAUGCCUUCGGCGAAGAUCACAGUCCCUUCGUCAAAGAGCUCAGCGCCAUCAUUCGUACCGCCCUCACCCCGUACUGCGCCAGGAAGGCGAUCCCCAGUCCAGCCUCCUACAGUCAGAAGGCCCCCUUCACCCAAGAAAACAGAGAUGCUACCCCCACCACGCCCCACACGGUCCGCCUCUUUGAGGCAACCCGUCAGCACCAGCAAGGGACCACCCGCAGCAACCAAAGUCCAUGUGCGGCACAGGAGUCAGCUGGCACAGAAUACAAAACAGGCCGAAACAACCCCAGUAAUCGGCCAACGUGCGCGAACACUCUCAACGUACCAACGGCCGUCGUCCCCAAAGAAAUUCUCCAAACCUCCAACGCCUACCCCUGGAGCCGAGCCUCAGCCUGGGAAUCUGCUGAUCCCUUCAUCGUGGCCAGAUAUCGCAGCACUACAAACGGAACUUCUUCAGCUCAGUCUUUUCCAUUCCAAAUCACUGCAAAGCCAUGCUGAAUGGAAGUCUGAUGCCGAGUCACGUCUGCGCAAAAAGUAUGACGGUGUCACUGGUCAAUAUCGCUUGGUCCUGGCGGAUGAGACACAGCGGCAGUGCCACCUGAAUUUGCAGGCCCUAGAGCUUUGGCUUUCUAAUUGCCGUGAACAUCAUGUCCCGUAUGACUUCUCUGAGCAGGUUCAACUUUUAUCACAGGUUCUACAAGAUGUCUCGGACAUGAUUGCUGGAAAUCGGGGUUCACAGUACUCACAGGCUGUGAAGACCUUUGAAGACUGGCUGAACCAAGUGGAGCUUAUUCACCAUCACCGUGGACCGGGGGGUGUUGAUGUUGGCGCCUUUAUUGAUCCCCUGGCACGAAGCUGGAAAGAAGCAUUGGAUAAUUUAAAUGUGAGGCUGGAACUCGGUGCACGCCAAUUGCAAGUCCUUGAUAUCCUGGGCUUCGGAGAGAUGGGGCAUAUGGGGCGUCUAGAACAGUCUGCUCUUGUCAGAGUGGCCAGGAACCUGGCUGAAUUGGUACAGCUUAUGAUGCAGGAGAUUCGUGCCAUGCAAACAUUGGAGAAAGAAGUGGUGCGUGCAGAAAGAGAUGCCGUGAGCCUUCUUGCGACACAGCUAGCAGGCUCUGUGAGGGACACGAGGGCUCCCCGAAUCGGGGCAUGGAGAAGCUAG